UUGUCAUUCUGUCAACUAUUGUCACUGGGAAUUUGGUGUGUGUAGAAUUUGAUUUAUCUUUUAAAUGAAAAAUGAACAAUAAUGUCUAGUCCUAUACCACCUUAUAUGCUAUUAGAGCUUCCAGAUAUUACGGAAUCUAUUAAUUAUCCGAUUAAGUCAGUGCAACGAAUAAAGUACACAUGUUUCGACGUGUCAAGGUCGCUGAUAGCGUUCGGCGCGACCAGCGGAGGCAUUUACAUAUUCAACAGGAACCCGUGCGAGUUUGUUCAGCUGUUACCGAACAAGGAUGGUGCUAUCACUAGACUGUCAAUAUCGACUGACGAGAAGCACGUCGGUUUCGCGAACGGUCGUGGCGUGGUCACCGUCGCCGAGUGCGACCAGUCGCUCAACGCUGGUCACUCGACGGUCACCUCCAAGGAGCACCAAGGGAACGAGGUCACCGCCAUGGUGUGGAACAACAACAUGCUGUUUACAGGGGAUGAUGUUGGCAAGAUAGCAGUACUUCAGUUGCAGAAUUUUAUUGCCAAGACUAUGUUCCAGGUUUCUUCCCAAACAAUCAUGAAUCUGGAUUCUCGGGUAUGCCAGAUUGAUGUCAAGUCUUGCAUGCUACUAGUAUCCACUUUAACACGUUGUUACAUCUGUGACACAGUGCAGGAACAAUACCGACAGAUCGGUCAGAAACUCAGAGACGGCGAAUUUGGAGCUUGUUUUGUAAAUACAGAAAGUAAACAGUACACCAUCACAAACAAUAAUGAGAAGCCAUUUUCAGAAGUUAAAAAGUAUAAUAUGGCAAAUGAUGAUAUAGGUUUUGCUGAUGGCAAGGAUUUAGAAAAUACUUUAAUAUUCUGCGCAAGACCGUCUUCAAGGCUCUGGGAAGCUACGAUUGAAGGCACAGUACGACGGACACAUCAAUUCAAACAAAUUUUAGGCAGGCAUGCUACUAAUGUCGUUUCUUUAGAGUUGUAUGAAAAUGAGACUUUUUGUAUAGGCGAUACAACUUCUAGUGAAGAGGGUCAACCUGUAAACUUUCCAAGAAUAAUUUGUAUGAAUGGUGCCAUAUUUUCGUUUAAGAGAGACGCCUUGUAUUUCCUUAAUCUGGAAAACGAGGACCAUACAGUUUGGUAUGACAAAUACACAGAUAUUAUAGAUUGUAAAGUGUUUCACGACAUUAUAUAUUUAUGGUUAAGUAAUGGCUCUCUAAAAUCUUUAAGAUUCAUGAAAAUAGACAAGUUUUUAGUUAAGUGUUAUGUUGAUGAGAAAUAUCUACUCUGCGCUGAAUUGUGCGCCUAUUUCAGUGAUUACUUACUUUCAAACGCUCUGCCAUCAAAACUUCAUGUUUUAGUGGGCUUGAGAGAUAAAAUAGAUAAAGAAUCGAUAAGUAAGAUACAAGAAGUUUUGAAUAAAUUUUCAGACUUGAAACAUAAUGAUGCUACUCAAAUGAAGUCUGGUAUUUAUGUUGUAGAUAACUCAUAUCGUGCACAAUCUACGUUGUUAGAUGAAGAUUUAGAUAUAAAGAAUAAUGAUGAUUACAAGUUUGGUACACUGACACCAGAAGCGAUGCAAACUUUGAAAGAUCUUAGUAUUACUGUAUCAGACAAAAUAAGCACAAGCAAAAAGAUUCUAAAAGAGAAAUGGGAAGAUUUUGAGGGUAAAAUGAAAACACUUGGUGUGGAGAAACCGAUUAUCCAAGAUUACAAUCCACCUCAAAAUCAAAGGGUGAUUAGAGAGGAAAAUAUAACUGAGGACGCGCAUGUCGAUUUUGAUAACGAUAUUAUUUACAAAGAAUCUAGUCAAGAAACCAUAGAAGUAGACAGUGAUAGUUUAGCUAACGAUAAUGCGUGCAAAUCUUUGUAUCAAUAUUUUAGGUUAAGCCUAGUAGGUAAGGAAACAGAAGAAUCGAAUUUAAUAUCUAUGAUCGAAAGCUUCGCCUGUGAUAUUAGGGAGGUACACGAGCUUAUGUUGUCGUUAGAGAAGUAUUGCGUGUCGAUCGGUGCUUUAGAAGAGUCGAAGUUCAUACCGAGUAAUAUCUUCCUCACUUACUUGAACGGUACCUCGAAAAAGGGGGAAUUUUUCGAUACGAUCAUACAAAAUGAGAUACUGUACAAAUACUUCGUGGAUUCGUGCAUAUCUGUUAACAUGAAGACGCAAAAACUGACGAAUCUUGGCUGCGAAUGUGGUUACCCCCUUCCAUACGCUCGUAGUGACUACACUCCAACAUUCUCAGCGUUGAUAGAUGAAUUCGUUGAGCGGCAAUGGUCAAGUAAAACUAGAGACCAGUGCUACGACAUUUGCAAACGGAUGCCUUAUUUGUGGCGGAAGAUUCUCUAUCUACGGCGGAAUGAAGACUUAUUGAAUAUACUGAGGCUGCUACUGCAAAUGUUGGACGAGAAUUUACUCCAUUCGUUCCUUCCACAAUUCACUCUGGACAUUUGGAGUAGGGCAGUGCAGUUAUACGUCACGUUGCAUGCAAAUAUGUGUUUAAAUUGUUCGAAAAAAUUCGAUCAUAUUUCUGUGAAGGAUACAUUAAGUUGGGACGAUUUGGGAGCGCUAAUGAUAAAGUCGAUUGGUGGUAGGAAUGCUAUUAAAGUGAUGGAAGAGCAUGCGCAUUUGAUAGAAGCGGGCGCGAUAACUGUCAAGUUUUACCAUACUUGUCUGCUGGUGACCAUGUUGGAGAAGUUUGAUGCUACUAUAACGGGGCAACUGACGGACACCAUUUAUAGUUCCUAUAACUAUCCAGAUUCGAGAGAUGAUAUAUGCAAAAUACUGCGAUCAACAAUGGAUGGACAGAUAAAAAAUACAGCAUUGCCGAUAAGCGUCGCCGCAAGAUCUACUAACUGGGGUUUGAUUCCAGUAUUGGACGAGUCAGUGAAGUCAAUAAGUGACAUUUUAGACCAUCUAUCUGUCAAUAAUGAAGGUUUGACAGAUUGUGCACUCUGUGGGCUGCCGUUAAAAAAUGACGUUUUGAUCAAAGAUGGCGGACUGUGGGUUUUUAAAUGUUGCCACACUUUCCACGGGGCGUGUUUGGAUUUGAACAAAGUAAGAUUGUGUCCGUCUUGCGCGCCGAUUAAAUGAAAUAAUUUUUGAGAAUAACCACCGGUUUAUUAAAAUAACUCCUAUAAUAUAAUAAAUAUUAUACCGUUAAGUUAUAGGAGUAUAUUGAAGGCAAACAUGAACAAAUGUGUAGUGGAUUUAUGUUAGAAUAGCUUUAAAUUUGUAUCAAAAGCAAUACCUUUGGAUACAUAGAUUAUUUUUAAUAGAUGGUUCACUAAGAAUUAUGGAUGUAUAUCGAUAGAAGAAUGGGUAAAAAGUAUGGCAAUAGACUCGACUUCUAAGUCCUAUCACAUCAUGGGACGGAAUACGCACGGCGCAAACUGCGUUCACCAGUUGCGUCUCUGUCUAUCCCUUCGGAGAUAAAAAUCGUGUGUGAAUGUUUGUAUAAUUAAUAUCAAUUUAUUCAACCAUAUCCAAUUGCUGGGGCAAAGUGCAUAUGUAUAGUAGUCCCCUGCGUGUACCUACGCGAUAUCAAAACGCCUUAACACAAUUUUGAAAAGAAAGCAGAUUGUUCAUUUCCACCUUUUUUUAUAAAGGUUCGUAUAUGGGUUAUGGUUAUACUGUUUUCUGUCUCACCAUAAAAAUUGACAAACAAAAAUAGACCAUAUUUCAUGCCCAUUAAUGUCGCUCUUAAAGGGCUGUUAGCAGCCACUUAUUUGCCAGUCUAGGGUAAUGAUAUGUGAAAUUGGUAGAAAAUGAUUUAAUAAUAUCAGCCCUGUAUUAUAUACUGUCCCACAGUUGGGCACGGGCCUCCUUUACUACUGAGGGGGAUUAGGCCUUAGUCCACCACACUGGCCUAGUGCGGAUCGGUAAACUUUGCACACCCUCAGAACUCCUACAGAGAAUUUCUCUGGUUUCCUCACGAUGUUUUCCUUCACCGUUAAAGCAAGCGAUAAUUCACACAUCAUUUAAGAAAUUUCAGAGGUGUGUGCCCUUGGGAUUUGAACCUGCGGACAUUCUCUCGGCAGUCCAUUCCACACCUAACUACGCCGUUUUUUUUCCUUUAUGAUAUGGAAUUUGAAUCGUGUUUAAAUAUUCUUAUUAACAAAAAACAAGUGUAGCAUCUAUUUUAAGUAAUAUUUGUUUGGGUAUUAAUAAUCUCAAUACUGUUAACCGAAUGUAUUAAAAUAGAUUAAGGCCCAGCUUACGUAUUAUAAUAUAUCGUGAAAAUAUUUCUUUGAUCAAUGUUAAAUACUCGAAUACAUGGCAGUUGUAACUAUUAGCAACGUUAUUUAAUAAAAAUAAACUAGUAGAGUUAGCUUUUAGAAUUUUAAAUCGAUAUGUAUGAAAAUGCAAAAACUUGAUAGAUAAGGUAUCGGAUAUAUGUUAAUUCGAGGUUUCUUCCGCGUUCGCUUAGUAUGACUGUUUGACUUUAAUAUUUAUCAGAUGUGAAUUUACAGUCGAGGACCAAUUCCGUCUACAAGUGUAUAUCCGUCUUUUUGCAAUUACGGGUGUUGUAAUCCGUAGAACGAAAGCCACCGACAUAGCCCAUCGGCUUAGCAAGCCGUAGUGGCAGUAAGCAUGGCACAUAGCAGUGGCGAAAGGCGAAAUUUUCCGAUAGGAAACGCCUUUUCUAAAAAGUCGGAUAUGCCUCCAAAGACGGAAUAGGGCCUCCUGACAAUACCAAUAAUUUGAUGAUUCGUUUCUGUGUCAGUUUGGAUCUGCUAUUUAUAAUAAGCCAUUUCUUGUAUAAAUUUGUAACAGAGCCAUCUAUGAUCGAAACUAAGCAGCUGAAACAGUAUUGCCAUAGACAAAACAUUAUAUUUGAUUUUAAUUAUUUAAAGCUUUAUGAUAUCAACAAAUAUGAAACAUUAAUAGGUUUAGUUAAUUAUAAAUGUUUUGUAGAGAUGAUUUUGUGACAUUAAAUUGUGAUUUAUCUCGAAUUAAAUUGCAUAAUAUGAAUUAAAACUACUUUCUAGCAGCUAUGUCAUAAUAAUAUGAAGAUCUUAUGAUGUGUGUUAUAUUUUGCGUUUUGGUUUGAAAUUAUUGUACUUAAUCAGGUACAAAAUGUUUUUAAUGGGGGUUAUUAAAUUUUUGUUAUUGUGUAUUAAAUAGUUACUUUUUUGUUAUUAUUUUUUUCAAAAGUUUGUACAUAAUUACAGUCUACUCAGUUUAUUUGUAGUAAUCAAAUUUUAGAUUUUUGUAGGCCGUUAAAUCAUAUUUACUUCGAUUAAUCGAUUAAUCGAACCAGAUAAACAAAUUAUAGUGUCAUCAAUGGUGUAGAUUUCUUUUUUAUUGCUUUGAAUGACGAGUCGAGCUUGCCGUUAGCUUAAUGGUAAGCGAUACGACCGCCCAUAAACAGUAGAAACACCAUCCAACACCUUGAAUUGCAAAGUAUUGUUUGGUAUUCCACUGCGCUCGUCAUCCUGAGACAUGAGAUGUUAAGUCUUAUUAAGUAUGUCCAGUAAAGUAUAAACCUAAAUUUUGUUAUAAAAACACUGAAAAAUCAGUAGAUACUAGUACAAUUAUGUUGUCUUAUUGUUAAUAAAUUGUACUUAUUGAUUAUUAACAAGCACAAGACGUUGUGUUAGUCUGAAUACAGCAUAAUAACGUAUAGAUAUUAUUUUUAUCCCAAAGUUGCCAGCUUAAUGAUAUCAAUAACUUUAAUUAUUUAAGCUUAAAUAGUUCGCUCAAAUUAUUCUUGCCUGAUUUAUAUGUAUUUUAGUUGAAAUUUAUUAUUUAUAUACUCUGUCUAUGGAGGUUAAGGCAAAAAAAAACAUCUUGUAUGUGAGAAAGUGUUCAUCGAAAAGUGUCAAAUUAUGGUGGCGCCACGGUAGCAAGUGGGUAAAUUUUAAUAGCGCCAAAUGUUAUUACGAGUAGGAUAUUAAAUUAUGGACGGCCUUGGUGGAGUAGUUGUAUUACAGUACCACUGCAGUGUUAAAGUUUUGGGUUCGAUCCCCGGGUCGAAAAAGUGAUCUUGGGUUUUUCUACUCAGUAUCAGCCCGGAGUCUGGAAUUUGUGCCCGAUAUAGAGAUAAGCUCACCCCCUAUCACAUGGCUCUAUGCAUAGAACGGAAUACGAAUGAUAAAAGGUGCACCAGUCACGCCUUUGCAUUUCCCUUCGGGGUAAAAAGGUGUGAGUGUAAGUUAUACAAUAAAAAAUAAUUCCAUUUUAUUAUAGUUGAUGUUACACAUAUUCAAAUUUCAUUAAACCUCUGUACACCAACUACAAUAGUCAAUAUAUGAAAUUGAUCAAUUCGCCACACUUCACUCUGUUUACAACUGCUAACUUCAUGUUUUACCCUAUUGCUACACUAGCGCUAAUGUGGUGGGAUUUUGAGUUGUAAUUUGCGACUUAUCGUUGGACACUACAAAUUAUCCCCCGUAUAAGAUGGUGCUUUUAUACUCUACCUUCGAUAACUGCCGUAAAGCCGGUUUUCAUUUGGCAAGCAUAUGCGUACGAAGUGUAGUUUGAGAAAGGAAAACCUAUGCAUGGACACUAGAUUGUUUCAAACUUGUGCGUAAGUAUAGCUACAAUGAAAACUCGACUUGAGGCAAUACAAUACGCUCCCCAAAACAAAAUCUCAUCUGCAAAAUGUCGUUUCAGUAUGGUUUUUAAGUUACGUGAAAAUAUAAAUACCAAAUUAUUUCAAAACUAUUGAUUGUUAUCAAAAAUAAUUUAAUUUCUAUUUUGAGGUGAGUAAUUGAUAUUUAUAUUUUCACUUAACUUAAGACUUUUAUACUGACACUAGACAUUUUGCAGAUGCUUUUGGGAACCGUCGAAUUAUAUUUGAAUUCUAUUAUGGAUUAGAGGGAUCAUUGGGAGACUGCAGAUCAUGGCGCCUGUGGGUGCUUCGUUGAGCUUGGUUGUCAGGCCUUCGCCCCAGGCAGCGAAUUUUGAUACAAAUGUAAAUAAAUUGUUAUAUUUUUGUAAUUUGCAAAUGUAGUCAUAUCACUUAACUGUGUAUACUUCGGUGUUUAAUGUAUGCGGAAACUUGUAAGAAAUAAAAUAUCUAUUGUA